AUGGACAGCUCUACACAUUCCCUCACACGCCGAUUGUCCUUCGAGAGCACAACGACCAGCGAAUUCGAGGUUGUGCCUCGCGAGCGCACCUCUUCGGGCAGUACUGUGGGAGAGAGCUACUGCAGAGGCAUAUCUUCAUCUCCAUCGCCGUCGCCACCUACUUCAUUCAGGGUUCCCGAUUUACACAUAGAGCAUAAUGCCUCUGAGCAGGAAUCUCUAACACGCAGUGAACCAGGAGCAGAAGUCGAUCAAUCGCCCGUAGAAGAAGAGAGUAUUCGCUCGUUUGCAAAUGUUGCGUCUCAAGCAUCAGGAUCCGAUCUCAGCACGAUGGCAAGAGAAUCUGCAGGGAUGCUUGAGCAAGUUUUCCAUGAACUGUUCACAAUAAAGAGAAGAAAUUCAGUGGAAGAAAAACUAGAAGAGGAAGUAAAGCAACUCAUUGAGGAAAAGGAAGAGUUGCUGGUUAAGCUGAGUUCACAAAAGGUGGACUCCACUAAAGCUCAAUCGACUUCAUGGUUACACCGCAUUAUAGUGGUAGGGAUCAUUAUAGCUGCAAUUGCAAUGUACCUGAACUGCUAUGCUCAGUUACUGAAGAAGCAGCGCCACACCAAGGAUUUGGAAGAGCAGCUAUCGAUAAUGAAUGAGCUUGUGGAGAAAUUAGGAGGUGGAGCGUGCGGCUGA